AAUUCCCUAGGAUUCACAGCAAGGAAUUAUGCUUCAGGUCAAUUUUGAUUUCUAGAAAUCAACCUGUUGGUUAAAUCCCAGAUCAAAAGUGCUCCUUUAAAGACUUGCUCUGUGCCUCAAUCAUUGCCAUAAAAAAAGCAAUCCUGAGAGAGUGCGGUAGGUCUGGGUUUAAGCAGGGCUCACCAUGUGCUUAGGCUUUAAGAAAAAAAGCUGUUCUGUGAACAGCUGACCUUAUGAAGUCUAGUUUCCUGCAGGUUUGGCUUUCUGUCUCAUCACCUCUGUAACCCCAUCUCCUCCAUCUCUCUUGAGAAAUCUCUUGCAGACAAGAAGGAAGGCAGCAAGCAGGUGUCUGUGGGUGCUGCUUGAUGAGCUGCCUGCCCCAUGGCAUCUCUGCUGAGCUUUCUCACCACCUCAGCCCGCUCCUGGGAUCUUUCCCUACUGCACAAACCAGGUGGGAACUAAAUUGUCUCAAAGACUUCAAUCCCUCUUCCAAAUCUGGGUGAGAAUGGCUGAUGAAUGAAGUGCUACUGGGGAGGAGCGGUGUUGCUGUGGAAAGACAGACUGAGAUGGAGGUCUGUUUCCCAAGGAAACUGCUAAAAAAUAAUGCAGUUGUGCAAACGUGGCCACAGUUUAGUAACUAUUUGCAGUCCCUGUGUGUAGCACGGUGUGUGCAGCACGGAAAGUGCUGCUCCUCCUAUUUGUGCUUGUGACUCUGCUGAGAACUCUCUGUGUCCCUUGGCGUGUCACUGAAUGUCAUGCCUCAGGUCCAUUCCAGGUGAAAGGGAGAAAAUGGAGCGUGUUGCCUGAUGGAUGUCAGGCUCUUUGGGUUAACUCUGGCCACGUGGAGGGGACUGCACAACGGGGCCUCAAACUUGGCUGAGGCCUUUGUGUUUCUGGAACACAAACAACAACUAACUUUCGUUUAUAAUAAUCUCAGUAUGUAUCUAUUUACAUAGCUGUUUAGUCCAUAAAAGUUUCUCAUGAAGGCUUUUUCCAAAGCACGUAGAGUAUGUAAGGCUAUUGCUGUGCUAUUGCCGUCCAUUUCUCCAGCUUCAGGGUUCCUUUCUGAAGCAAAUUUAAGCACCUGAAUCCAAGCUGACCAGCAGUCCUGACAAUAUUUGGAGCUAUAAAAAUGAGCACUAGGAUUUUUGAUACUGUUCCCAUUUCUAACUGGCAACCAAGGGAAAGCUCUUGGUGUGAGAGAAUUAACAAAAUGCAUGGGUAAGUGGUGGUCAUGACUCGUGUUUUGCCAAGCAGAGGCAGGUCAAGCGAUUUGGGUGGAAAACAAAACCCAGCUCUGAUUGGCAACAGCCUCAGCACAGCGAUCCCCACCUCCUCGUCUCCUCUGUCACUCUGGAACAUGUCCUUGGAGCACCUCACGGCACAGCAUGGGGUCAUGCCGGGUGGCCCGCCAGAUCUUCAGGGAGAGAGGAGCAGGAACCAUCCAGAGAGGCCAGACGGUCAACAGAGUGAAUUGAGAACCAUGGAUGACCAUUGCAGCUCCCAUUAACUAAAUUAACCAGCAUCCUGCCUGGUCUGCAGAGGCAACUUCAUCGUACUCAUGAUGGGAAAUGUGUCCAACGCCUUGGUGUUCAUCUCCACCUUAUCGGAGAGAGAAGACCUGAUUUUUGGCACACUUUAUUUAGUCUUUGGCAUUGUGUCCCUCUCUGGGAACUCGCUGCUCCUGCUGGUGGCCUAUCGUAAGAGGUCAAUGCUGAAGCCUGCCGAGUUCUUCAUCGUCAACCUGGCCAUCAGUGACCUGAGUAUGACGGUGACACUCUUUCCCUUGGCCACCUCAUCCUUCUUUGCACACAGGUGGCUGUUCAACCAGGCGGUGUGCACUCUCUACGCCUUCUGCGGGGUCUUGUUUGGGCUGUGCAGCCUCACCAGCCUGACGGUGCUCAGCACGGUUUGCUGCCUGAAGGUCUGCUACCCAGCAUAUGGCAACAAGUUCUCGCCCUGCCACGCCGGAGUGCUGCUGCUGUGCGUCUGGGCAUACGCCCUGAUGUUUGCCACGGCCCCCUUGGCCGAGUGGGGCAGCUACGGCCCCGAGCCCUAUGGGACAGCUUGCUGCAUCACGUGGAAAGCCUCGAGCAGGGAGGCUACGCUCUACAUCCUCGCCCUCUUCAUCUUCUGCUACCUUCUCCCCUGCCUCCUCAUCCUCGUCUCCUACUCACUGAUCCUCUGGACGGUGCGGGUGUCCCGGAGAGCCGUCAGGCAGCACACGUCCCCCCAGCGCAGAGCCCGCAGCGUGCACAGCCUCAUCGUGAAGCUGAGCAUUGCCGUGUGCCUGGGGUUUCUGGCUGCCUGGACCCCUUACGCCGUCGUUGCCCUGUGGGCAGUCCUUGGCGAUGCCAGCCAGGUGCCGGCACUGGCCUUUGUGCUGUCAGCCGUCUUUGCCAAGUCCUCGACGCUCUACAACCCCCUGGUGUACCUGCUCUUCAAGCCCAACUUCCAGAAGUUCCUCUCCAAGGACAUGAUGCUCCUCCAGGCCAUCCGCACCCUCCUCUGCUGCGGGUGCCCGAGUGCCGCGCUCCAGCCCUUCCCAUCCGCGGGCUUCAGUGGCCACCCUGGGGCUUGCAGAAACUGCAACGACACUUUUGAGUGUUUCAGUAACUACCCCAAGUGCUACAAACUCCCCCAGGUGCCUGGCAGCUCGCCCCAGCACGGUCCCCUGGCUAUCCUGGCUGAUGGAGCUGCUUGCCAGCCGGGACUGAAGAGGACGGUGCAGAUGAUGGUGCUUGUCACACGGAAAAGGUCAGACCUGGGUGCUGUGAACGUGGCAGGGGAAGCCCUGCCGUCAGAUAUCAUGAAAGACCUUCUCUGAGCACAACCGUGCCCGGCUGUGUCCCACCAGCGCACUGGAAGACAAACCCAAACGCAGCAUUUCUCUCACCUACAUAUCCGAUGGGUCCCCAGCACGUUCUGUCGAUGAAGUGACACGAAAAUUUAAGACCAACCUUGCCUCCUUCUCUGGUUUGGCUCUUGCAACUCUGAGCCUAGUCUUUGCACUUGCAAAAAAAA